AUGAAGGACAGUGAAUGGCGAGUGGCUCUGUCGCAGAUGCCAGAGAUAGACUCGAGCAGACGACUCGUUGAGCGGCUCUGUCAGAAGCGAACGCGUCGAGCGGCUCUGUCAGAAGACAAACGGAUCGAGCGGCUUUGUCAGAAGCAAACGCGUCGAGUAGACGCGAACACGUCGUCGUCGGGACGCAAACGAACGCCGACGAGCGCGAGCUACUAUUCCUCACUAACCAGUUCAACAGCUACCCCCACUGUUGGUGAGACAGUUCUUCCUCAGAUCAUAAACAAUAAGAAUUUGGCUGUAGCAGAUGAUAGCCGAAGUGUUUUGGAACCACCUGUUUCGAGAGAAGAGGGUACUCAAGUUCUAGAGGAGUGCCAAGAUCAAGGUUUGCUGCAGGUUGAGACAGCUCAGCAAUUUACAGAUCAACAGACUCCCCUGGGUGAGCUCUCCAUCGAAGAUCCACCAAUUGAUUACAUGAGAAAAACACUGGCGAAGAGGCGGCUAACUUGGUGUCCUGGACUAUUUUCUCAUAAAUUGCCUAAUGAGAUCUCAAAUCUGGAAACUGAGAUUUUGGAAGCCGUUGAAGAGGCGCCAGAGAUAAGUUCAUUGCAUCCUUCCUGUGAGCUGGUCCAAGAAAGGGAAGACCCUGUAGAUAGCUUUCCUUCUAGUAGCAGCUUAUCUGAGAUUUCUGAUUAUACAGAUAGGAUAGAGUGCUUUUCUCUUCCUGAUGCUCAUGCUUUGUUGAACGUGACAAGCAGGAGAAGAAAACAUCAAAAUAGAGCCCGUCUAUCUUUGGAAGGCCAUCAAUCAGUAGCAAAGUUAGCAGAAUUUUCUGAACUUUGCUUUGACGACGAUGCUAAGUACACUCCCAUUAAAAACUAUUCUUCAUCUCCUUAUCAUUUGACGGAAGGUGCUAUUCAAGGCCCUAACAACUUGACUUUGCGAGAAUCGGAAGCAAUUCUUGUUAUUAAACAACUUCAGGAACAGAUUAAAUCUCUUGAAGUUGAGAAGAUUUCAGUACAGGUGAAUUUAGAUAAUGUUUUCGCCUUGGCAACCGAACAGAAUGCUUCGUUUAGAGAAAAGUAUGAAAAGCUCCAACAAGAUGCCAGAAAUGCACGUGAUCAGACAAGAACAACCCAUGAGCAACUGUGUUUAUUGUACAAUCAGUGUUUUUCACUUUUCUUUAGCGAACACAAGAAUAAAAAAUAA